UUCGAUCCGGUCACUGGGCCAUUCACCAUGAACGAGCGCAAAGACGAUUCGCAGUUUAUUUACACGAUCGGCAGCCACCAGAACCUGGUACCGAUAAGAUCCAGACACGCCUGCCUCAAGAAAUGGAGGCAAGCACCGAAUUUAACGAUUAUUAUAUUGUCCAUCCUGAUGACUUCGUCCAUCGUACUCGCAUUGGUGUUUUCCAUACUUUACGCGACCAACAGGCCAGCGAAGCUCUGCGAAACUGAAAAUUGCGUGCGCAUAGCUGCUAGUCUGAAGGAGUCUAUGGAUACGUCCGUAGAUCCUUGCGAUGAUUUUUAUAAAUACGCGUGCGGAAAAUGGUCGGAUGAGCAUCCCAUUCCGGACAACAGUAUGACGAACUCGUGGUUCGAGGAGCGCAAAGAAAGACUUUUACGAGAUAAUAGCACAAACGUGGACGCACCGUGGGCAGUGAUGCAGGCAAAAAUUUUAUACAGCAGCUGCACAGACGUGCCCGCGAUGAACGAGCUUGGAUUGACGCCAUUGUUCGAAUUAUUGGAGAAGCUCAACUUGCCAGCGAUACCUGCUGCACUCGGUAAAAAGACAAACGGCUAUAUGGAGCAGAUAGCGAGGGUGAAGAAGAUUUUGGGCAGAGAUGUUUUCUUCGGCCUGGACAUUAUACCAGACCCUCGAAACACCAGCAACAAUAUCAUGUUCAUCGACACGCCCAUAAUGGCUAACCCUUUACCGAACGAUAAAGAGUUGGAGAAACGAUUGCACUCGAUCAGGUCGCGUUUCCGGAUGCUGGAGAACGACGAUGAUGGCGACGGUACCGGCAGCAAACUAAAGGAUGCAGAAAUUACGUACAUAGCCGAGAUAAUCAAGCAGGUCGUGAAUAAUGGAACCCUCGAUACAUGCUCCUUAAACGGUGAAUCAUUCCCCGACGAAGAAGAGCUGGAGGAAGUCACUGAGACGCUUUUCGAAUUAACCAGCACAUUUUAUUACUUGGCUCGUCUGGAAAGCAAUCAGACCGUUUGGGAAGAUGAUCCGACUGAUGAUGAUUACAUGUUGGUAGACGAAUUACAGAAGUUGACCGACGAGUUCGUGAUUGAAGUCAAUUCCAGUCUCACACCUAAACCAUUAUGGCGACCGUUCAUCGAGAUGCUUUUCAAGGAUAUCGAUGAUUUAGACUUGAACAAGAAGGAUAAAAUAUUGGUAGGCGACUUGGAGUACUUGAAGGAAGUGGCUCUUCUGUUGGCUAGUACCGAGGACGAAAUAUUAGAAAGUUACAUUUGGUGGGUGAUCGUUGAUAUCGUCGUACCCCAUUCGGCGGAAAAUUUAAGGAAAAUCUGGUCGGAUUACAUCGACGAAGUGACCAGUGUCGAGAUCGGUGAUUCAAAGUCUCUGCUUUGUGCUUCUGCGGUUAACGAAUUGAUGGGUAUGGCGGUCUCGUGGCUGUUCGUGGACCCGUCCUUUCACGAGGACAAAGGAAAAAAGGUAUUCGAAAUGCUGGACGACAUAAAACAAGCUUUCGCUUCGUUGGUUUUGCGGACCGAUUGGAUGGACCAGCAGACAAAAAGGGCCACGCUGGAGAAAAACUUGAAGAUGGAGUCCCAAAUUGGCUUCCCGGAUUGGCUGUUCGAUGAAAGAGUCCUUAAUGAAUAUUACGAAGGCAUAGAUUUCUCGGCGACCGAAUACUUGAACAAUAUGCUCCAAAUCGUUCGACUGAUGUCUUUGUCUGAACUGGAAUGCAUUCACGAUAUCAAUUACAAUAAUGUUUCAUAUUGGGCGACUGAUCCAACGGAUGUGAAUGCAUUUCACACGUACCAGUUUAAUCAUAUAACUAUACCAGCGGGAAUUCUUCAAUUUCCUUUUUACGAAUUGGGUCUCGAAUCUUUAAAUUACGGUGCCAUCGGUACAGUGCUUGGUCACGAAUUGACACACGGAUUUGACAACAACGGGAGACACUACGACAGCAAUGGGAACGUGAGACAAUGGUGGACCAACGAGACUAUUUUCCAAUACACGGAAAAAACUGAAUGCUUCAUAGAUCACUACAACACCUACUAUGAAGCUGAUGUAGACGAUUAUAUCAAUGGUGAACGUACUCUAGGAGAAAAUAUAGCCGAUAAUGGUGGUCUCAGGGAAGCUGUCAUCGCUUACGAAAGAUGGAAGACCAGACAUGGUCAAGAGCCUCUGCUUCCGGGGUUCACUCACCUUACUCACGAGCAGCUCGUUUUCCUGAGUUUCGCGCACCUCUGGUGCGAGUCGUACACACCGAAAUCUUUGGAAUGGAUAUUACAAGAUUCCCAUUGCCCUGGGCACGUGAGGCUCCUAGGAGUGCUGAGAAAUUCCAAGGAAUUCGGCGAAGCAUGGAAAUGUCCUGUGGGAUCCAACAUGAAUCCCUCGAAAAAGUGUCGACUGUGGUAA